UUUGUCUUGACAAUAAUAUAAUUCAACUCAAUGAUUUUCUCAGAAAAUUACCAUCACCAUUCCAAUAAUCACAUCCCUAAUUAAUUUAGCUACUCAUAAUAAAAACCUUCAACACACAUGCAUCAUAAGAAGACAUUUUUCAAUUAAAAGUAGAGAGUUGACAAAACUUACUUCGACAAAUUGAAGAACUGGAGGUUCGGGCUACAAAUUGCUUCGUGAAAACUCCAAGAAAUAAUACUAAUCUAAAAUAUGAAAGUAGCUUGGUAAAUCUAGGCUAAAAAUGGAGAAAUUCGGACUUGAGAGGGAGAGAUGGGCGCUGUGCAGCGUAUCAAAUCGGAGAGGGGGUGCUGUAUUUAUAGGACUGGACGCGAAGCGUCCAACCCCAGCCGUCCAGAUCCAAAGCGUCCAAAGUUGGACGCCUUACACGGCGCGUCCAUUCGCUGCUCGCCACGUGGCUUUCGUGAUGCCCAAUCUUUGCCAAGCGUCCAAGGGGAAGCGUCCAACCUGCAAAGCGUCCAAGGCUUGGACGCUUCGGGCCUUCUCCUGUGGGCUUUUUCCGCGGCUUGAUCCAAUUCAGGCCCAAUUUCAAUUUUUACUUCGCUUUGCAGAUGAACGCGUAAAAACUGCUAAACUACAAAUUCUCAUGACUAAAUAUGAGAAUCUGCGCAUGGACGAUAAAGAAAAGAUAGCUGAAUUCCAUGGGAGAGUAAGAGAACUUGCAAAUGAGGCUGAAACUCUGAAAAGGCCCUUCACUGAAGACAGCUUAGUGCUGAAGGAAGAGGUGGACAGCCUUCGUAGAAAACUUGAUGAAACCAUGCAGCAACUGGAACAGAUAAAAGGAGAAAAGGUGAAACUAAAGUAUGAGCUCACACAACUAAAAAACUAUCAAACGUGGAUGAAGAGCGCAGGUGCAGAACAGAUUGAGACUCUGGUAGACAAGUCAAGGUUUUAUGGAGACAGAAUCGGCAUUGGGCACACACUACCCGAAAGUAGUAAGACUCCGCUUGAUCUGUUUGUAACAAGAACAAAGAUCUCUGAAGAAGAACUGGAAGAAUACAGCAGAGACAAGAAGGAAGCAGUCCAGCCCACUCACACUCAUGAUUCUUGGUCGGCCCGAAAAGCCGACUUGAGGGACACGCUCAAGGAGAAAAGAGGGGAGUCCACAGCGACCUCCAAGAUCGGUUCUGAGGAGCGACGGACGACAGUCGAGGACAAGGGCGCAGCCGAGCUGUGGAGAAUGUACGAACAACUGGAGAAGCGGCUAGAUGCCCAGAACCCCUACCGCCAAGCGGUUUUCAGUGAGGUAACGCUCUUCUCCAGAGGAAUAAUGUCUUGUCCUCUCCCGGAUAAUUUCAAGACUCCCCAGAUCAAGGCGUACAACGGGACGACCGAUCCCCAGGACCACCUCGCUCGCUUCGGGGCAAACGUGGUCAUGUAUGCAUACCCAGAAGAAAUCAAGUGUAGGUGUUUCCUGGCGAAACUGGAAGGGCAGGCUUGUGAGUGGUUCCACAAGUUACCCAAGGGGUCGAUAGAUAAGUGGAGCGACCUGGCCCACAAGUUCUUGGAGCACUUUGCAUCCAGCCGGAGACAAAAGCUCCCCUUCUCGCAUUUGCUCAAUGUGAAGAUUCGGAAGGGGGAACAGCUCUGGGAGUUCAAUAAUAGGUGGGAGAAGGAGGCUAGGGACGUCCAAGGGGCGGACGACCAAGCCUUGAUCGCCAUGCUCCAAGCUGCACUCCCCCAAGGGGAUGUGCGUAAGGAGCUGCGACGGAAUCCUCUCUCGACCUAUCAAGAGAUGUUGGCUAGGGCGAAGUACCUGGCGUUGGAAGAAGAUGAUGAUGAGCCACUAGUCCGGAACGAGAAGAAAAGCGGGCCACCAGUGGCAGAAGGAAAGAAGAGGAAGGACUAUGGUAAGGGGCCGAACCCCACCGGGUAUCAUGCGAACAGGCAUCCUGUUCAUGCGGUACAGUCGUCGCCUGCCCUCCUCACAGUCGGGAAAGCUAUAGUGUGCAAGAUGCACCCAAAUACUGCGAGUACCACCGUAACAGCACCCACAACACAUGAGGAAGAGAGGCAAGGUCGCCGACACCUAGGGUGUCGGUUCAUCAUGGGAGGAAACACUGGAGGGGACUCGGUAUCUUCCCGGAAGAAGUGGAAGAACAUGGUGUACAUGGCCGAGGUACAAAGGCCGCCGCUGCCUAAGCGGAAGAAGAAGGAACCUCUGAUCUUUACAGACGAGGAUUAUCCCCCAGUCCUCAGCCCUCACAGGGAUGCUCUGGUGAUAAAGGUGGAAAUUAAUAAUGUGGUUAUUCACCGGACUUUGGUCGAUACGGGCAGCUCGGUCAAUGUUAUGUACAGCAACACCUUUAAGGAGUUGGGGUUGUCCCGAAGCGACCUGAAACCGAUCCAUACGCCAUUGUCACGGUUCACAGGGGAUACUAUCGAAGCUGAAGGAACUAUCACGGUGAAGGCCGGGGUAGGAGAUGGCACCCACCGACUCUGGGUCGACAUGGAAUUUAUGGUAGUGCAGCUCGACUGUGCACACCAUCUAAUUCUGGGGCGACCAGGGUUGGAGGACCUGGAGUGCGUAAUCUCCCCCGUCCACUUAUGCCUAAAAUUCAAUACUCCCACAGGGGUGGGGGUGGCAAAGGUGAACCAGAGCCUAUCCCGGUCCUGCUACAUUAGGGCGACCAAAAGCCAAGCUCGGGUCGACGAGAAUGUGAGCACGAUCUGUGCGGCAAUCCAGAAGGAGGAGGGGCGACCUCGAGCUGAGCCGGCGGAAGAAGUCGAAGAAAUUUCUUUGGACCCGGCCAAGCCAGAGCGGAAGGUGAAGGUGGGUAAAACCUUACCACCUAAAUUAAAGGAGCAGUUGUUGGAGGUCCUCCAAGCAUUCAAGGUGUUAUUCGCUUGGGGUCCAGAGGAUAUGCCAGGGUUCGACCCAAAAAUCAUCUGUCAUAGAUUGGCAGUGGAUCCGACCCACAAGCCGGUCAAACAGAAGAAACGUUUCCUUUCCUCAGAACGAAGAGAGUUUGUCACCAAGCAGGUGACAACCCUACAAUCCAUUGGGCACAUCCGGGAAGUCCGCUACCUGGAAUGGGAGGAGGAGGGCACACAGCGGCCUGUGUACUAUGUGGCCCGGGUGCUGCGAGGGGCAGAACUGAGAUAUACAAACAUGGAAAAAACCAUCUUCGCGGUGGUAUGUACGGUGAAGAAGCUCACCCCAUAUUUCCAAGCCCAUCCGGUCCAUGUGUUAUCACAAGUUCCCAUCGGAACACUUCUUCGAAGCCCAAAUGCCCCGUCACGGGUCAGCAAGUGGGGGGUGUUCCUGGGAUCUUUUCAGAUAGAGUUUAAGCCGCGACCGGCGAUAAAGGGGCAAGCAUUAGCAGAUUUCGUGGUGGAAUGCACUGCGAGAGAGGUAGAGCCUAAUGGAGAAGACCCCGAAGGGAACUGGUGGACAGUGUACACCGAUGGAUCGUCCGCAACUGAUGCUUCGGGGGGAGGUGUCGUGGCGAUAUCACCAGAAGGGUUCAAGGCGUACUACUCCGUGAGAUUCCGGUUCAAAGUCUCGAACAAUGAGGCUGAAUAUGAGGCAUUGCUUUGCGGCUUGAGGUUGGCGGCUUCAUUAAAAGCUGAGCGAAUCCAAGUCCGAUGCGAUUCCAAGCUAGUAGUAGGCCAUGUCACUGGAGAGUUUGAGGCCAAGGAUGAGCGGAUGAAGAAGUAUAGGGACACCGCCCUGGAGUUGCUUAAAGCAUUUGGUGCGUACCGGAUAGAACAAGUCCCUCGAGAAGAGAACGUCGAGGCAGAUAUCUUGUCCAAACUUGGCCCGGAUUCCCCAGAUCACAUUAAGGCAAUGACCCAGGAAGAAGAGUUGCUCGAGCCAAGCAUCAGUCCUGGACAAGUGCUAAUCAUCACACUCAGAGAGGAGCCGGAUUGGAUUGAUGAGAUUACCAUGUACAUCCUUGACGGGUCAUUACCUACCGACCCAAUCGCAGCAAAGCUGGUAAAGCGACGUGCACCCAGCUACACGCUGGAGUGCGGUCGGCUGUACAAGCGAUCUUACAAUGGUACAUUGUUGAGGUCCUUAAGAGCGGGCGAGGCGCAGAAGUUAAUGGAGGAAAUCCAUGAAGGAAUAUGCUCAGCACAUCAGGGAGCCUUCACGAUGUCCAGGAAGGUAACUUUACAAAGAUACUUUUGGCCUACGAUUAUCAGAGAUUGCGCAGAGUACAUGCGCAAAUGCAAGGUUUGCCAGGAAUUCCAGAGGGUGCCGGAGCGACCGGCGACGAAUUAUACCCCGAUCAGCACGGCGAUUCCCUUUGCCCGGUGGGGCAUCGAUCUGGUUGGCAUCUUGCCUCGGGGGACAGGGAACAACACAUACUUGGUGGUCGCAAUCGACUACUUUACCAAGUGGGUCGAGGCUGCUCCCGUGCCGACCAUCACCGAAGAGCAGAUGAGGAAGUUCGUUUCCAAGCAAAUCUUGUGCCGAUUUGGGAGCUGGGGCAUAAAGCACAGUUAUGCAGCGGUCGGGUACCCCCAAACCAACGGACAAGUCGAGAACACUAACCGUACCAUCGUGGACGGUCUCAAGAAGAAGAUAAUGGAAUGCAAAAGUGCCUGGGUGGAGGAAUUGCCCUACAUCUUGUGGACCUACAGAACUACCCCAAGGAAGGCCACAGGUGAAACUCCUUUCUCGCUCACAUAUGGAUUUGAAGCAAGGGCUCCAGCGGAGACCUCAUUGCUGAGUUAUAGAGUGGAGAUGUUUGACGCUCAAGAGAAUGAAGAGAACUUGAGGGCAGAGCUGCACCUCAUUGAUGAGCGAAGGGAAAGGGCAUACAUGCGGGCAGAAAACUACCGCCGGCAGGUCAAGUCAUAUCACGACCAGCGGGUGCGACCAAGGCAGUUCAAGGUGGGCGACUGGGUCCUUCAGAAAAGGGAGGUCAGCCGGCCGACCGAUGGAGGGAAAUUUGCUAAAAGCUUUGAAGGGCCAUAUAUCAUAAAGGAGGUGUUGGCUGAUGGGACAUUUCGAUUGCAGACUCCAGCCGGUGGCGACGUUCCACGAGUGUGGAAUGCCGCCAACCUUAUUAAAUUUUAUCAAUAGAUUGUAUUCCAGCCAUGUCUCUCUCUUGAAGUUUAAUAAAACCAGCAUUCUGGCACAUCUUGUCUCCAAUUCUCAAAAAAAAAAGGAGCGACCACAAGAGAUCGCUAAGCCCAAACUGCAUGGUGAUUCGUGCUAAGAUACCCAAUAGUGGGUGAAGCGUCGAACCCUGUCAAGCGACCAAGGUUGAGGGUUGUCAAGCGACGCGACUAACCAGAGGACGACACCGUGGCAAGAAAGCCUGAGAAAACGG